AAUGUUUAUAAACUUGAAAGAAAAAAAAGAAAAAGCUACCCUCAAGCGGAAAGAAUCAACCUUCUUCCCUUUCAUUUCUCACUUUCAGUGUUCACUCACUCAUCCACUGUGCUUCUUCUUCAUCAUCAUUCAUCUUCUUCUUCUCCCUCUCCCUCUCUUCCCUUCCCAAUGUCCUCUCUCCACCUUCUUCCCGGCGCCACCACCGCCCCCAACUCCGCAUUCCUCCUCCGCCCCCAUUCUCCCCUCUUCCCCUCCAAAACCCUAACCCCCAAAAAACCCAAACCUCCCUCCGCCCUCCUCCAGUGGAAUCGCAAGCCCGAGCUCUCCGGCUCCACCCCCCGCGUCGCCGUCAUCACCUCCGGCAAGGGUGGCGUGGGCAAGACCACCACCACCGCCAACAUCGGCCUCUCCCUCGCCCGUCUCGGCUUCUCCGUGGUCGCCAUCGACGCCGACGUCGGCCUCCGCAACCUCGACCUCCUCCUCGGCCUCGAGAACCGCGUCAACUACACCGUGAUCGAGGUCCUGAAUGGCGAAUGCCGCCUCGACCAAGCCCUCGUCCGCGACAAGCGCUGGUCCAACUUCGAACUCCUCUGCAUCUCCAAACCCCGAUCCAAACUCCCCCUCGGAUUCGGCGGCAAGGCCCUCACCUGGCUCGUGGACGCGCUGAAAGCACGUUCACAGGGCUGCCCCGACUUCAUCCUCAUCGACUGCCCCGCCGGCAUUGACGCCGGCUUCAUCACCGCCAUCACGCCCGCCAACGAGGCCGUCCUCAUCACUACCCCCGACAUCACCAGCCUCCGCGACGCCGACCGCGUCACCGGCCUCCUCGAAUGCGACGGAAUUCGGGACAUCAAGAUGAUCGUCAACCGGGUUCGGACCGACAUGAUCAAAGGGGAGGACAUGAUGUCGGUGUUGGACGUGCAAGAGAUGUUAGGGUUGCCUUUGCUCGGGGUUAUUCCUGAGGAUAGUGAGGUUAUUAGAAGCACCAAUAGAGGUUUCCCUCUUGUGCUCAACAAGCCUCCCACUUUGGCCGGAUUGGCGUUCGAACAAGCCGCGUGGAGGCUCGUGGAGCAAGAUAGCAUGCAGGCCGUGGUGGUGGAAGAACAACCCAAACGUGGGUUUUUCUCCUUUUUUGGUGGGUAGGAUUUAAACAAGGUUAUGCGUAAUGGUGUGUAUAGUUAGUUGGUUGGGUUAGAGCAUGUUUGGAUGAGUGUUGACAAAAUUGAUUUUGAAUUGAAUUGAUUUGAUUUAUGUUUGAAUGGUUUUUAUUAUAAAAUUAAGUUAGUGGAAAAACUUUGUAUAAAAUUUUGGAUCUUGACGCAAAAGCUCCUUACUCAAUCAAAUUUGUUACAACCCAGAAUCAAUUCAGAAUUAUCCUCUAAUGUGAAAUCAAACAUGUGAAAAUUUAUCCAAAAUUAAUUUUAGACUCAAAAUCAAUUCUCCACCGUAGAACCAAACACGCACUUAAUUAGUUACGGUUGUUUGUUUUUGUUUAAUUGAUUGGUUGAGUAGUGACUAGUGAGUAUAUUUGUUUUGUUAGUGCCUAUAAUGGACGGUGUUUGAGUAUUUUUUUUAAUGCUGUUGAUGGUUUUAUGAGAAUUGAGAGAGUUCUGACUAGUUUGUAGAGCCUGCUGUGGUUUUUGGAGGUGUUGGGAUGUUGGAGCUCUGCUGGAAUCAACGAUUCUUUUGCUUUGUUGAUGAGUGAAGUUAUGAUAUGAUAGUCGAUGAAUGAAAAUGAACUUUGUUAAGUUAUUUAUAAUAGAGGAUAUGUUGUGUGCUUCAUGUGUUCCCUUUGGUUGUUGUUCUUGCAUUUGUACACUCGAUGAUGAUGAUGAUGAUCCUUCUGUUUUGGGUUGGGUUCUGGGAACAAAAUUUAUAUGCUGUUUCUUGAGUGUUUUCAGUUCUAUUCUCUUAUUAGAAUUGAAGUUUCACCUUGCUAAUCUUUGUUAAUCUUCAGUGUCAUCCUUUAUUGGGAUGAUUAUUGAGACAAAAAUUGAUUUCUGAUUGAAAAAUAACGCCAAAAACAUCUGAAGGACAGAACUUAAGUUUUGUCUCCAUUAUAAUUGGCAGGAUAAAAUCUGCUGCAAUGAACAGUUUUUUUGCUAAGUUGAAGUUAUACUAUAGUAAUAUGCGAAUGAAAAUCAACUUUGUUAAUUUGUUUAUAGAGGAUAUACUGUGUUCUUGAUGUUUGUUUUGGUUGUUGUUACUGUGGCUGUUCACCGAAUGAUCUUUUUGGGUUGGGUUAACUGCAACAAAACUUAGGUUGUAUUGGUUAUGUUUUGUAAUCAGAAUUUAAGCCUUAUUUUUGUACCCUAUGUUGACCUUUAAUGCAUAAUUUUAUUAAGGUGAUUACCAUAUCAAAACUCCUAUUCUCAUUGUUCUUCCAUUUAGAUAUUUCAUGGCAUGCCCUUGUAUUUGUUUCACCGAAUGAUUAUCUUUUUUUGGAAUUGUUAACGGUAACAAAAUUUAGAUACAAUUUCUUAGGUUCUUUUGUUGUUGUUCUUAAUUAAAAUUAGAGUUUUACCUCAGUGAGUUAUGUUGAUGUUUAAUAUAAACUUUUAUUAGGAUGAUUGCCGAGAUAAAACUCUAAUUCUAAUUGGAAAAUAACUCUAAAAGCCUUUAGAGAACUACAUCUAUAUUUUUGUUUUAAUUAUAAAUAUAGGAUAAACUUGCAAUAGUGUCUUGGGUUGUGGAAGUAUUUCAGUUGCAAGUGCUUAUUCUAGACGGAGGAGGAGGAAACUGUGUACAGUAUGAUUUUUAAGUUUCUUUUGCUAUUUCCAUUCAUCAUUGCUAGUAAUUUUUUGAGAUUAGAUUAAUGUCUGUACUCUGUAUCGUUUGGUUGACACCAGUCAAAGUGAAUUGCAGCCAUCUAGGUUCAUUUUUGUUGCAAAUACAGCAUUUAGUGAUUGCAUAGUUUUUCACCCUGCCUUGAUUUUAUAGUAAAAAGUAAAAGGUUGGACCUUUGUAGAUCUUAUGAAAUUUACUGCUUCGAGUAAAGCUACACCAUAAAUUGACGGUAAGCUUUCAUAAACGCAAUUAGAUUUUAGCUAGUUUUUGCUGACUUUGAUUACUUCCCAAGGUUCCUUGUGAGAUGGUGUGAUUGGCAGGUCGAUUUGAAGCAUGCUGGACCUGUAACUUGGAGAGUUGGGGCUGCCCAAUGGCCUAAUCCGUAACAGAUUUAUUUGUUUCUCAAACUUGACUUAAUCCAACCUAAAACCUGAUUGUUGGGAUCAAUGCAGUUGAAUUGGAAGCUAGUUUUGCAACUGUUGAGUUAUUUCCAAAUUUUAGUGUGUUUGGUUUCACUUUCACUUAAGAGAAGUAUUAGAACUGAUUUUGCCUUUUA